ACUACAUCUCCCAUCAUGCACCCGGGCCCCAGGGUGCCGACUCAGCCGGCGGCCUGAGACCCGGGCCGCCCCCACCCCCGAGAGCCGGCAGGGGUCUGGGAGGAGGAGCAGAGCGCAGGGAGGCGGCCUCGCUCUCGGCCCUCCGCGGAGGUUGCGGCCUCCUAUAAGCUAGCAGGCUUCUCGGGCCCCGGCCUGCCCUCGGCUUCGCCACAGCGGGCCUAAUAUGGCCGCUCGUGCCCGGACCUCCCGGGUGUGCAGAGAACCGGGCCGAGGUCCGGGACCAGGAACUGUUCCCGGCAUUCCUCGCGGGCGUGGCGUGGGCUCCCUUCCCCCUUCUCCAGGUCCCGCGAGAGGGAGAUCCUGGGGCUUUGAGGUAGCAUGGCCCAGGGCCUGAUUGAAGUGGAGCGAAAGUUUGUUCCCGGCCCUGGCACAGAGGAGCGGCUGCAGGAAUUGGGGGGUACCCUGGAGCGCCGAGUCACUUUCCGAGACAGCUACUAUGACACCCCUGAGCUGAGCCUCAUGCGGGCUGACUACUGGCUCCGACAGCGAGAGGGCAGUGGAUGGGAGCUCAAAUGUCCCGGAGCAGCAGGUGUCUCAGGACCCCACACUGAGUACAUGGAACUCACAGCUGAGCCUGCAGUUGUGGCCCAGCUCUGUGAGGUGCUGAGGGCUGAAGUCCCGGGGGCUGGAGGCGUGGCUGCUGUGCUGGGCCCCCUGGGGCUGCAGGAAGUAGCUAGUUUUGUGACUAAGCGUAGUGCCUGGAAACUGGUGCUGCGCGGAGCUGAUGAAGAGGAGCUGCCGGUCAGGGUGGACCUGGAUACAGCUGACUUUGGCUACGCUGUGGGUGAGGUAGAGGCCCUGGUGCAAGAGAAGGCUGAAGUCCCAGCUGCCCUAGAGAAGAUCCACAGCCUCAGCAGCAUGCUUGGUGUGCUGGCGCAGGAGACGGCACCUGCCAAGCUGAUUGUGUACCUACAGCGCUUCCGGCCUCAGGACUAUCAGCGCCUGCUAGAAGUGUACAGCUCCAAAGAGAAGCCUUAGGGGACUGGAAGAUACAGACGUGACACUGGGCUAGGGUGUCACUUGCCUGAUGGGGAAGAAAGCUCUGGGUCGAAUGAGGUUCAUUCCUGGGCUCACUGUGCCUCUUGCUCUCUGGCUUCCCUUCCCACAGUGACUCCUCUCUCCAGCUCCGCCUGUUCCUUCACCCUACCCUCAGCUAUCCUUCCUGGAGCCUUCCCUGGCUGCCCCCUCUCCCUCAUCCGUCAGAGGCAAUCUGUGGGCCGCCCCUCUCCCCUGGCCGCUAAGCAGCCUCCAUUGAUUUCCGCUCGUGUUUAUAGGAUUUCCACUUAGCCGUGAUCAGUAGUUAAGCACAGGAAAAUCCCUUGCCACCCUCCCUCCCUUGGUCGAUGGCAUUGAUUCUGCCAGCGGCUCCUAAACCACCUUACAGCUGAGUUAGAGAUGAGGGGAGGCAGCAGGGAAUUCCCUGCCCUGGGGUAUGGGGAAUAGCAGAAGGUUGGGGAAAUGGGUGGGAAUCCCUGUUAGAAAUCUAGAAAUUCUGGUUUGAUGUUGCCCCUGUGCCCUGCUCUGGCCCAGAGGGUAGAGUGCCUCCUGUGGAAGUUUAGGGGCACAUUUGCCCCCCAACCUGGACAGGAGUAGAAAGAAAACCUUCCUUUGUUGAGACCAGUUCCAAAGGCUUAGGGCAAGAUACCUACUUGCUGUGUAAGAAGGCUCUUCCCUGGCUGUUAUUCACAUACGUUUUCUACCUCAAAUAUGGCUUCCCCCCUCAGGCUUUAUUGGGCUUUCACUAUUUGUGGGGUUGGGGGCAGCCCCCCCUACCCGUUUCUGCAGUGGCAAGUACAGGACCAGAGUGCCACCUGCUGGUUGUCCUCAGAUAUGGGCUCCAAGUAGCUGGGGCCCCAGGGUUUGGGGACACAGGAGGGUUUCAGGCUGUGAGUGGAGGCCGAGUUACUGCCAUGUCUCCACAGGCAAGUUGUUCACCUCAAAAGUUUCCUGCACCGACUGGCCAAAGUGGUUGUAGGUGAGGCGCAGCUUCAGCCGCAAGGGGGCCUAGGAAUAGGAGAACAGAGACCAGGGUAAGCGCCAAUGACUCCUCCCUUCACUGGGUCUUAGCCUCGAGGGGCUCCUGGAGCUCACCUUCUUGGGAUUGAGGAUUCUGAGGAGCUGGGUCAUCGGAAGGCCACCCUGAGCUGGAACUGUGUCCCCACUGGGAGCCUGUAGCUGCAGCUGGAAACUCUGAACGCAGGAGGUUGGAUGGAGCACACCGCAGGGCAGCUUGCUGGGCUCAUGUAACCCCUCCACACCCAAUAGUUUUAAACCCUCUUCCCAUAACUCCCCAAGUGCCUGUCUCUGCAAGUCACUCUCUUCUCAUCUCAUCCUCUCCCCCACCCACCUCCUCUACUUAGUGGCCUUUUCUCCUAGAGUACCGAGGCCACCUCUGAAACCCAGUCUUCUACAAACCUUGGGCACAGCGGCCUGGCAGAUGAAGUGGGUGACAUCACCCCCUGAGGUGUUGGUGGCAGUGACAGUGAUUAACAGCAAAGUAGGGGUUCCAGGGGGUCGAACGAAAGAAAGAUUCAGCUGUAAUCCUUCGCGCUCAAACACUUUGAGAUUUGGGAUGGGAGCUACAGCAGGGAGAAAGAAGUGGCUCAGUGUAUGGGCUGAAGAUAAUAGUUCACUCAUUCAAUAAAAAUUAAACGAGCACCCACUGGGUGCAGGGCACUGCGCGAGAUGCUAGUGACAGAGUGGAUAAGAUGUGGCCUCUGAUGGAGCUUACAGCCUAGUCGCGGGGAGAGAAACAAUAAACAAGAAAGAUAAUCACAGA